AUGGAUUCCGCGACUCCUGGCGGCUCUCCCACGCCAUCUUCUAACUAUAAUUCCCCGCCCCCGACGUCUCACCUUAAUCGGAAGCCUCUCCCGCGACAUGUCACUCAAGUGACUUCUAAGCUUGUGCACCCUUCUUCUCCCCUGUCCAUUCAGGGUGAUAAACCCGGUUCUAUUCCCACACCUCCGCGAACUAGUAGACCACCACUAUAUCCUUCUUUGGUCGAUGGAGACUCCUAUACAUUGCCAAGAAACCAGAAUAGAUACUCUCGUGGACGACAUUCGUCGCAGCCCCUGCGCAUCGAUACUUCUACAUCAGCCGCCUACCUAAGGUCAAUCGUCGACGACGACGACGACGACGACGACAACAACGACGAGAGUCAGGAUUUCUUUGAUGAAUAUUACGCGACCCAAUUCACGACCCUAACCCCCCUACACAGUCGACUCGCGAGCGAACCGUUUAUUCCGGUUCUCAAUUCUCCACCUCCACUCCCAAAGACUCAAAGACGUGCCACGAGUAUGGCAUUGCAUCUUCCUUUGAAUCGACCACCCUUGCAUAUCGAUGUGGAUGGACGACCAAUGUCUAUGGGAAAUGAAAUUAAACAGCCAAAAACACCUGGAAAAAAGAUUAGUUCUUUCUUUGGCUGGAAAGGUAAUCCUUCAACGUCACCAGGUGCAGAAUCCACUAGCACCGACAUCUCAGACGGGGGUCGAUCCUCCAUCCCUUCACCAAUGCCUCCAAUGGCCAAUAUAUCAACAAAAUCACCGUCUCAUGACUCAAGAGGCCCUGGUUUCGGCCCACCAGUCCGAACUUCUUCUCUGGGUGGUGCAAGCCAACAGGAAUUGGCGUUUGCUUCAAAGAUAGCUGACCUAGAGAGUGAAUUACGAGAAAUUAGUUCUGAACUGGCGGGCUCAAUCCGUCGCGAAAUGGAGCUAGAAGACAUAAUUGAACUUCAUCAAUCAGAAGGACUGGAACAGCCAAGUCGGCGGACGAGCGACUAUUUCUCUGACUCAGGCGCUAGUUCAGUUCGUACAUCCGAACCAAUUAAGUCUGAAGAUAUUGAUAAGAUUCGCCGAACAGCGGAGCAGGAACGUGCUCAGCUAAAGGCUGAAAACUCACAACGAUUGCAAGAAGAGCGGAUACAAAGAACGCAAUCAGAGUCUCAUGUUCAGAUUCUGGAGAACCAGGUUCAGCAGCUUCGACGAGAAAGAGUCGAUCUGUCCGACCUUUCAUCCAAAACAAGAGAACUUGAGACUGCAUUGGAUGACACCCGGCGCAAACUGCUAGAAGAACGACAAUCGAAAGAUAAUUUUGAAGACUUGCUUACAGCUAUGCGUGUGGAACUGGAGCAGUUGCGAAAUGAACGAGAUAUCCUCCGGGAAGGGAAAACCCCCGCGGCGGAUAAGCAGCGACUGAUCGAAGAAAUCGAAGCUCUAAAGAUUGAGAAUGCGUCGUUGGCACAGCUUCAAGGAGGUCGUUUUGCCUCUAUUGCAGAAGAAGGAAGCGACGCAGGCGCACCAAGCAAGCGAAAGUCAGUAUUUGGUCUAAGCCGGUCGAGCUCUCUAGCCCGCAAACCAGCCAGCGGCUUAGCACGAUCCGGGUCUUUAUCCCGAUCCAACUCAGUCACUGGUAAUAAAAUCCCCCAGGAGAAUGGUGAGUCGCUGGUCGACAAGGUGAAGGACAUCGAACUCCAGCGAGACGCGCUGCACCGAACGGUGAAGAGCCUUCUGGAUCGCCAAUCAUACCAAGCCCGCGAAUUCGAGAAGCGCGCUCGGAUGAUGGAGAUUGAACUUUCUCAAGCUCAGCAGGUGGGCCUCCCACACAAGAUGGGAUAUGAGCGAGAUGUGAUGAGCCUGCGAGAAGAUAUCAACCAUCUCCGCCUGCGCGCUGAGGACGCAUUAGAUGGCAAGUGGCAGGCCGAGAAGGGUCUGGCUGGUCUGAAUAUGGACCUCGAUCGUGCGGAGCAGGAGACUUCUUCUUUGAGAGUGCUGCUACAGGAGCUUGAUAAUGAUACAGUCACUUUUGAGGGUCUGGAAGCAGACCAAGAGGGCUUUGCUGAGAUGAUGGCAAAGUCAUCUUCUUUAGAGUCAGCAUACCAGCAACUUCAAGCUGACCGCCAACAAGCGGAGGGUAGCGUUGAGCUCUCAGACGAGCUGACGGCUUCUAUUGGCCGUACCGACAUGCUGGCCAGAGACGUGGACGAGCAGUUGCGAACAAACAGCUCCCUGCGUAGCCGCUUGGCAUCUGCAAUUGAAAAGGGCGAGCGAGACCAGAACCUGUCGGUUGAGCGGAUCAACUAUCUGCAAAACCGACUCAAGGAACUGGAAGACUCGCUCUUGAAUGCCCAGCAGCAUUCUGAGGAAGUGAUAACCAAGCAUGAGGACGAGAUUCUCCAGCUCAAGGAGAGCAACAAUGCUCAGCUCAUGCGGAUGAAGAAUGGUGCUCGUGCCCCAGCCGCCCUUUCUCCGCGCCCACCGAACUCCCCCUUUAGUGCGCGAUCCCCGCGUCUUGACAAGACUACCAGCGGUGACGGUGUCCCGCUGGCCGAGGUUGUCCAGGCCGAAGUCUUGGAGAAGAGAGUGAAGGAGCUAGAGAAACUCCUCCGCGAUGCGGACAUGGAGAUGGAAGAAGUUAUCGGACGAAUGAAUCGCGCACAGGUUGAUGUGGCUCAACUCCAGUCUGACAGGGAUGAUGCCCUUCGUGAGACCCGUCGCCUUCAGGCUGAUAUUCAAUCCGAGCGGGAUACGCUCGCUGUCAUGAUGGGUCGCGCAUAA